AUGUAUAUAACAAAACUUGUAUUGCAAUGUUUUUACCUUAGACGAGUGAUACAUGGUGUGCAACCAACAAUUGAACUACGUGAUGGGAUCCUACUCAUAUUGGGAUUCGGCUUAUUCUCUGUUUUGAUUGCAAUAACUUUCCAUUGUAUCCGGAAAUACGUCUACGGGGAUGCGUCGAAUGUUGACACUUCGUUUGAUGCAGGAGGUAAAGUGUCUCUUGGCAUGACAGCCACAGUCAUCGUGUCUCAGAUGACAUGGGCGGCAACGCUGCUACAAUCUACAACAUUUGCUGUUAAGUUUGGUAUAAGUGGAGCAUUUUGGUAUGGAUCUGCUGCUACAAUACAACUAUUUACCCUCGCAAACCUUUCGAUUCAACUCAAAACAAAGGCUCCUGGCGCAAAAACAUUCCUUCAGGUAAUGCGUGCACGAUUUGGGGGACCCACGCACAUUGUGUUCUGCGUGUUUGCUGUUAUCACAAACAUUUUAAUAACCAUGAUGUUGUUACUUGGAGGCAGUGUGGUACUCACAAGUCUUAUAAGGGAUCUUUCUAUUGAAUUGACCUGUAUGAUUCUAGCAGCAGUUAUUGGCUCAUACACUUUAAUUGGCGGUUUGGGCGCAACAUUCUAUGUUUCUUUCUUCAACACUACCUUGGUCUUCGUUUUUCUUAUUGUGACAGUAACAGAAGUGUUUUUAAAGUCGCCAUCGGAAAUUGAGACUUUGAAUUUAGCAUACGGAAGCUCUGAUAUCAUCUACGACUACCUCCAGAAUACAACUGGACCAGAUGGCAACCUUGAAGGAAGUUACGUCACAAUAGUCUCAUCGGGUGGUUUAAUGUUUGGUGUUAUUAUUGUCAUAUUGGGAUUUAGUUCAGAACUCGGAGACCAGGCCUUUUGGCAGAGUAGUGUUGCAGCUAAACCUGGGCAUGGUAGCGUUUGGGGAUUUUUCGCCGCUGGUAUAACUUGGUUCUCGAUACCUUUUACGCUUGCAACAGCAAUUGGACUGGCGUAUAUAGCAAUUGAGGGCUCACAGGGAACACCAAUACUUUCAAACAAUGAACUAGAACAAGGAUUGGCGGUUCCAGUAGUUGCCCAAGCAAUUUUGGGGAAGACAGGGGAGUACCUGACAUUAAUAGCCAUCUUAAUGGCAAUAAUGUCAACAGGAUCAGGAGAGGUGGUUGCCGUUGCUUCAAUUAUUGUAUACGACAUAUACCAGCCAUAUAUCAACCCAUUUAGGAAGAAUCUUCAAGUCGAUGAGUGUAUUCUUUGUGGUAAACAAAAACCUGCCGAUGCCAAAAAUACCGGCCACGAUAUAGCCUUUACAGAUGGUAAGGAGGACACCAACGUAUGCACCUGUAUGCCAGUUGUUGAAUGCAUUGAAUGUGCAGACGACAAAGACAUGAGGUCAAACAAGAAAUCCGAAUUGGGAGUUAGAAAGCCAUAUCGAUGUAGAGUCCACGGUUUGUACAAACAGUACCAGGACGAACUACUCAACUUCAAGAGUUGGUGCAUCCUUUGGGUCACAUUGUUCAUGAUCCCUCUGGUUUUGUUUGCACACUGGGUGGGUUUGGUGCUUGGAUGGCUCUAUGCGUUCUCUGGGAUUAUCAUUGGAGGUGUUGUGUUCCCACUCGUGAUGAGUGUAUCCUGGAGUAAAGUAACUACAGCUGGAAUGUUAUCAGGUGUUCUUUCCGGUUGUCUUUGUGGCAUACCUGUGUGGCUAGGAAUCGCAUCGACUUACGAAGGUGGACUCGGCACAUUCAUUGCCAAUACUGGCCGAGAAGUACCAAUGUUAGUUGGCAAUUGCAUCUCGAUAGGUUUGAGUGGACUUGUUAGCGUUAUCGUCUCACUGUGCACACUUGACUGGAAGCGAUUCGAUGAGAAAAAGGAAUGGGAAAAGCUAAGAAAUAUCGAGAACCCUCUGCACCCCUGGUAUGUCAAAUAUGCUCGUGGUUUUGGAAUGAAAGGUGACUUAAAGUCAAAGUUUGUUCGUCCGACGCAGAAAAUGAUAAAAGAUCAUUUCAAGCCAUUGCGAAUUACAGCCAUCGUUGCCGGGGUAAUCUUAAGUAUUGGAUACGUCAUCAUUUGGCCUGCUGUUAUGGUGCCGUUUGAAGUUUUAACGAAGAGAGAAUUUCACCAUUGGACAAAUUUUUCAAUGGCAUAUGCUUUCAUAGCUGCCGCGUUCAUCAUAAUUCUACCGCUUGUUCAAGAAAUCUACUUGAUUGGUGGUAAGAUAAGAAAGAAUAGAAAGCCGAGGGAGAAAGGAGAAGAGAAGCAAAACGUAGGAAGGGUAAACAAAGGAUAUGUUGCAGACUCUAACACCUCCCUUUAGAACGGUUUUUAUCCUGAUAAAUAUAUCUAUCCCAGUAAAUAAUACAUAGCGGUUAUUAACUGGAAGGGAUUUGAUGUGGGCUUCAUUCCGAGAGGCAAUAUAAUCUAUAUAUAAUCAAAAUAUUAAAAGUGUAUCUCAUAAACACUUAUCCACAGUAAAAAUAUUACUUCCAGUAAGUAGUACGUUUUUCUGAAAUCUCUCUUAAGACGGCUAAAAAUUAAAGCUCAAAACUAGGACGUGUCACUUGGACCAUAAGGGGAUGUAAAUGUUUGUAACAACAAUGCGCCUUUUGAAAAAUAUUAUUUUAUAUAUCUAUAUCAUCUAGGAAAAUGUUCGUACAAACGAAAAAGUAUGUUUAAAGUGAACUCAGAUUGUUGACUCUACGAUAAUCUGUCUUGAGUGAAUGUGCCUUCUUCACCUUUCCUCGUCGACACGAAUUUUGAACCUGGUAGUUAUCACCAUUUAUGUUAACAAAAUAUGGAUGUCUAAUAUCCAAUACAACAGCAACUAUAAUGACACUAUUGACCAAAGGCUUGUUUGUUUAAUAAUGCUAGUUUUGUAAAUCUGGGAGACGAUAUAGGACAUACCACCCCAAAAUGCAAAAGUGAGCGGUCAUCGUCGACAUGGCGAUUUCAGUAUCGUAUAAUUAAAAAUGUCACAUAUAAGUGUUAAAAUAUGUUUGAAUUGCGCACCAUAUUUUAUCACAGUUCAAUAACAAAUCCCGAAAUAAGC